GUUUGUUUCAUGAGCGCUGACAUACCGUGUGCAUUAAAAAAAAAGAAGAAGCCCAAAUUCACGUAUUUUUAAAUAUUUUCUCGUAGAAAUGCCGAAAAAUAAAGGUGGCGGUGGAGGAGGAGGAGGUGGGAAAGGAGGAGCAAAGCCCAAGGGAAAAGGAAAGGGCGGGGCCUCUGGAGAUGAUGAUAGCGGUGGAGGAAAACAAAAGAAAGGAGGAACAACUGUCAAGGUUAGGCAUAUCUUAUGUGAGAAGCAUUCCAAGGUCAUGGAGGCUAUGGAGAAGAUAAAAGCAGGUGAAAGAUUUAAUUCAGUAGCAGAGAAAUACAGCGAAGAUAAAGCAAGACAAGGGGGUGACCUUGGAUGGAUGACAAGAGGUUCCAUGGUUGGACCGUUCCAAGACGCAGCAUUUGCUCUCCAGCCUAGCACCACUGAUAAACCCAUCUACACCGACCCUCCAGUGAAGACAAAGUUUGGUUAUCAUAUCAUCAUGAUAGAGGGAAAGAAAUAACACAAGGCUCUGUGCCCUGGCUUAGGGUGUUAAUGUACAUAUGUAUGUAGGUAGAACAAUGAGAAAUACAAAUAAUUCGUUGGAGUAAGCAGUGGCGGAACCCUUUUGAGAGUCAUAGCCAAUAUUUUUAAUGUAAAUAUGUCGCUCAUACACAAGUGAGGACCUCUUUCUUUUUUGCUUGUCAAAUUUUACAUGAGACUAAAUGACCUUCAUUUUUUUAGUGAAAACUUUUUUUUUGCUUUUCAAAUUUUCCUAGGGAAAAUAUGCCCCCCCCUGGAAAAUCCUGGAUCUGCCCCCUAGGGGUAAGGGCAUUAUGAUUGUAAGGGAUUAGCCUUUUGAGUAAUAUACAAGAAGUCUCAUUCCCUGCUGCAACAAAGUGAUAUGAGAGGCAGGAUUUCUGGAUGAUUUGCUGCAACAAAUGCAUCCAUGGAAAUCUGCGCAAUAAGUCAAAUAUGAAAUCUAGCCUUCAACCUAACCCCAAUCCUGACAUUCAUAAACUAAAUCCCUAUCAAACACUUCCCCUAUAUUUUUAUCCUAGAAACUAUUACAGGAGUAUUUGUUGAGUCAGUCUCAUGUGAGCUGGGCAAAACAAAAUGGUUAAGGUUAUUUUUUAGGUUAGAUUAUAUAUUUGACUUAUUGCACAGAAUUUCUGUACAUGUUACUCAUAGCAGUUGCUCUAUUUUAUCAUAUUGUAAUAGUAUGCAGCACUUGAGAUAACAUUGUAUUAAGUGCUAUAUAAAUGAUGCAUACUAUUGUAUUCGUACACUACAGUUCAUUUUCUCCUAGCAAGUCGUCACCAUCCAAAAUAGGGUUAGGAAAAGGGAAAACAAAGAGAAGAGACAGAAUGAAAUGAAUAGACAGUCGCUUGUAUUUCAAGUUACUUCCAAAGGGGUCUGGAAUUUUAGACUAGCAUGGGUACAUCAUUCCUUUAUUCUUUAUUUACAGACAUUCUUUUAAGAAAUGUUUAUUAUAUUGGCAAAGUAGUGUGGCUAACAGUUGAACUGUACAAAGCUUAAUGGAAUUAAUCUGAUUCAAAUUUCUUGCACCUGUAAUUACUUUUUAGAAAAAUUCUGAACGAACUUUGAAAAUAGAAUAUUUGAAAUAAAAAAUAUGAAUCUUUUUUACCAAA